UUUGACUCACAGCCAGACUCUCGGUGUGGAGUGGUGUUGAGAAUUUUUGGGGGGUUUCGUGUGUGGGAGGUUCGAUACUCUUUUUGCUGGAGAUCAGACAGAGAAGCCACGUUUGGAAGUUCCCCUUCACGCAUCGGAAGGGAUUACAAACAGCUUCUCUGCCCUCGUUUCCCUGAGUGAUAGUCCCGUGGGAUGCAGGCGCAGAGCUCCCAGCAAGAGAGACGUGAUGGAGGAGAGAAUGUAGCAGUGACACUUUGUAGGACAAGCAUUUUCCAAGGAGGUGGACGAAAGUGAAGGAAGAAGAAUCAAGAGAAGGUAGCGGAACGUUGAAAAAGAGAGUUGCCGGAAAGUAGGACAAAGUGGUUGAGGCAAGGGAGAACUGUAAAGUGGCACUUGGUUGAUUUAUCAUCAUGACUACAGAAGGAGGAUCUGAAACUGAGGUGAAGGAGAAAGCAGAAGAGUCGGCUCCUCAACUAGACCAAUCUGAGAAGUUGACGGAGGAGACGCAGGAAGUGGCCAAAGCUGAGGGGCAGAUAAAGGAAAAGGAGAAGGACGGCAAAGGAAUAUCACGCUAUCUGCCGACAUGGCUUAAGAAGCAGAAAUCUCAGAGCCAGACCUCUCCCACCAAGGAGGUCCCAUCUCCAGAGGAGCCAGUCAGCAAAGCAAAACAAGAGGAGGAGGGUUCCGCUCCAGAAGUGAACGGUCACGCCGAAGAGCCUGAAGAAAAGGAAGAGGUUAAGUCAGAGGAAGUAAAGGAAAACGAAGUGGAAUCUCAUUCCAACGCCAGUGCAGACACUGAGCCCGCUGUGGAAGAGAAAGUGGACGAGAGUGCAGAGAAAAGUCCCGCGGAGAACAAGUUGACAGCGGAGAGUGAAGAGGCAGAGGAGCAGAAGAAGGAGCAAGGAGGCGAGCAACAGGACGGGGAGGGGGGAGAAGCUCAGAGCUCGUUUUUCCAGUCUCCACUCCGUUUGGUGAAGAAGAACAAGAUGAAGCUGGUGGUGUGUCGUGUCGCUCUUCUGGAUGGGACAGACUUCUCCUGUGAAGUGGAGAAACGCGCCAAGGGCCAGUACUUAUUCUUUAAAGUGUGCGAGCACCUCAAUCUGCUGGAGAAAGACUACUUUGGUCUGAGUUUCAUCGACAACCAUGAACAGAAGUGUUGGCUGGAUCCUACCAAGGAGAUCAAGAGACAAAUCCGCAGCAACAACUGGCAGUUUGCAUUUAAUGUCAAGUUCUACCCGCCGGACCCCUCGCUGCUCACAGAAGACAUCACUAGAUACCUGUUGUGUCUGCAGCUGCGUGAAGACGUCGCCUCCGGUCGACUGCCCUGCUCGUUCGUCACACAUGCACUGCUGGGCUCUUACACGUUGCAGGCAGAGUUCGGUGAUCAUGAGCCUGACCAGCCACGCCCUCUCGACAAUGUCGCACAGCUGACCUUUGCGCCCAAUCAGAACAAAGAAAUGGAGGAGAAGAUUCUGGAGCUCCACAAAUCUCACAGAGGGAUGACACCAGCACAAGCUGACACACAGUUUCUAGAAAACGCCAAAAAACUGUCCAUGUACGGGGUGGACCUGCACCAUGCCAAGGAUUCAGAGGGCGUGGACAUCAUGCUUGGUGUGUGUGCUAACGGUCUGUUGGUCUACAAAGAUAGACUCAGGAUAAAUCGCUUUGCCUGGCCCAAAAUACUCAAGAUUUCCUACAAGAGGAACAACUUCUACAUUAAAAUCAGGCCGGGAGAGACGGAACAGUUUGAGAGUACCGUUGGAUUCAAACUCCAGAACCAUCGCUCUGCCAAAAGGCUGUGGAAGGUCUGUGUGGAGAAUCACAGUUUCUUCAGGUUGAACGCCCCAGAGCCCCCUACCAAGGCUCGCUUCUUGACUCUGGGCUCCAAGUUUCGUUACAGCGGACGAACCCAGGCACAGACCCGUCUGGCUAGCUCGCUCAUCGACCGACCUGCUCCAAAUUUUGAGCGCACCUCAUCCAAACGCAUCAGCCGUAGUCUUGAUGGAGCCCCGAUGAUCAGCAUCACAGAGGCUAGUGAUGCGACUGAAAACGGACGCGAUCUUCACUCUGACUCAAAGAGCCCACUGAGAGUGCAUGCGGACAAUAUUUAUGUGAGGCACAGUAAUUUAAUGUUGGAGGACCAUGAUAAGACCCAAGACGGGGUCCUGAAACACCAAGCUAGUAUUAGCGAACUAAAGCGCUCCUUUAUGGAAGCUCCGCCUCCCUCUCCUCCUCAACCCAACCAGUGGGAGAAACGUCUCACCUCCUCCCCCGCCACAACGGCACGUGUUCAGCAGCAACAAGUGGUGCCUGAAAAGGAAGCUGCUGCAGCUGCUAACACCAACACUGACAACAAAGAACCUGUGAAGACCACCGAGGUUGAAAUUGAAGAGACGGUUGUCAUCCAAGAGGUUUCCAAAGUGACCAAAUCUGGACCAACAGUUGUGGCCGCUGUGAAGGAAGCAAGCGAACAGGAAGUGAAAGUUGAGGAGGUGGCAGGAAAAGCGGAGGCAGCUCAGGCGCAGAAGCAGGAAAGCGUUUCGGCUGACAGCGAGAGCGAAGAGGAAGCAGAAUAUCACCCCAACGUCUCCGUUUCCAUCUCUCACACGGAGAUCCCUGAAGAGGAAGAGGAGCAGAAGACAGAGGAGACAAUGCUGACAGGGACGGAUAAGCCAGACCCCGGUGUUGAUGAAGUCGCCGGUCGUACUUCAGAGCAGCCCAGAGCAGACGACACGAAGAACGAGAACGCUAGUGAGAGUGCCACUGAAGAAAGCACGGACUACCAGAGGAAAACAUCUGAAGAAGCUUCCAAUGGUCUGCAUGAGGAUGCCUCAGCUAGUCUGGCCGAGGUUGAGGAUGAACCCAAAUUGAACGGAGACGCCUCAGUCGAAGCGCGGCCACAUGUUAUUUGUUGCUCUGAGCCACCUGUGGUAAAGACAGAAAUGGUGACUAUAUCAGACACGUUUGCGGCGCAGAAAACAGAGAUAGCGACAAAAGAAGUACCCAUCGUACAUACGGAAACCAAGACCAUCACAUACGAAGCCGCACAGCUGGAUGGGAAUGAAGGGGAACCUGGGGUUCUGAUGACCGCACAGACAAUCACCUCGGAGUCGCUGUGUACCACCACGACCACACACAUCACCAAGACGUUAAAGGGCGGCCUGUCGGAGACCAGGAUCGAGAAACGCAUCGUCAUCACGGGGGACUGCGACAUCGACCACGACCAGGCACUGGCCCAGGCUAUUAAGGAGGCCAAAGAGCAACAUCCUGACAUGUCUGUCACCAGAGUGGUGGUUCAUAAAGAAACUGAACUGGCUGAGGAGGAGGAUUGACAGAACCCAGAGCUGAUGGGCCGAUCGUGACCAUUUCCUUCACCGACAUCGUACCACCCUGUGACACCCACCCAUCAAGAGGACGAAGAGAACCAGGGAAGGACUCCCUCAAGUCGAGUGUUGCUUACAUGUCUGUGUAAAAAAAAGCCCUCUCACUCCAAAACCAAGAAAAGAAUAACCUCACUGAUUCGGGGGGGGAACUAUAGAACCACUUUGUUAGUCUAAACAUUUGUAGCGUGUUUUAUUUUUGAUAGCGUUUCUUCUUAAGUGUCUGUUUUACAUUAGUGCUUCUGUUUUGCAAUGAUACAACCGUAGGAUGCAGCCAAAACCAGUCAUGACUGAAUUAAAUUAUGGAUUAUUAACAUUUAAAAUGAUUGUUUUACUGAUCAUUUGUAUUUGUAUUUUUUCUACAACAAAUAGUUCUUGUUUAAACGCAAAUAUUAAGGCCCCUUUCUCCAAAAUAUUUUCUACAGAACUUCAUACAUCAUUUAUAGGAAGAGAUAACACGUCUCUGAUUGUAUUUUUUCAUCCCUUUUUUUAAAUCUAUGGAAUCCCAGAUUCCUCUGCAUGAGGAAAUACAUUAUUGAGUUUCUGGAUCCAGUUUCCUUCAUAACUCCUCUUUUUGAUAUGUUUUUUUUUUCCUAGUUCAUCCACAUUCCAUCUCUGUUGUAAUAACUGUUGAUAUUCUCUUCCAAAAAGUAUAAAAUAGAAGAGACAUUUAGAGUUCAUGUUUACUCAGUAGAAGAGCUGACUGGGAUUUUAGCUUUAACACGACAGGCUUUUCUACCGGGCUAAUUUGGAAGCCUGUUGAUCGAGGACCAUGGAAUUUCACGAUAUGGAAUGCUAAGGCUCACUUUUUGGGAGGGAAAAAAACAUUCAUUUAAUGCUAACAGUUACAUUAAUGUAAGACUAUGGUGCUUCCUGGUACCAGAAUGACAACAAAAGAGUUUCAACUGAGCCUUUUAUCACGACAGCGGCUCGCUUCAUUUCACUUCUCACAGAUUCUUGUCAAAUAAUAUUUCAGCAUGUCGCCACGCACAAACUCUUAGAGUUGAUUAGACUGUCACCGCUUUUACAAUAUGUCUAGAUUAGAUUCUCUCCAUCCGAUGCUGGCUGUGUGGACAAAAAACCUCUUACCACCACUGAAAUAUUGCGUACUGAUUCAAUUUCUAAAAACACAAUAACAUCCAAAUCCUUUUAAAGAUGAGUAAAAAAUAACUGCACUUGAAAACAGCGUUAUGCUGAAGCCUAAAGGGAAGUGAAGAUUGGGUUUUGAUGUGCUCUCGAGCCCCUCCCCUGCAGGUACACGAUGUCUCUUUCAUUUGUGUUAAUAAACUGUGGUUUUCUAAUGUGGAUAUCAGCAAUAACUGAUUCUCCUAACUCAUUGUGACAUUCCUCUUGCUUUGUCGUGCGCCGGCUCUUUCUGUCUCUGAUAUGCUUUUAAAGGUCAUUUUAACACUGUAUAAAGGCCACUUUUUUCAUUUUAUCCAGACAAAGCAAACCGCUGUUUCGUCGCCAAACAUUCCAGCGAGAGCCAGCCACAGAAAUACUUCUUAAAGUUUUGAAUCAGAUCUGUAGGAACACAUCUAAGCCACUACUGCAUUCCAAUUUCAGUGAGCCACGAUGCGAUUGUUCUGUUUUCAUUUUUCUGACUGCCAACCGUCACCACUACCAAUCAAAUGUUUUCAUGUUCUUCAUGUAGCCGCCGGUUACGUGCGCAAAAAGUCAUCAGAGCUGCAGCGCUGCGCGGCUCGGCUUUCAAAAAUGUCAUGACCAGACUCAAAAGACAACAUCGGAAACACUUUCAUCAUUUUAUAUAGAGCAUUUACAAAAAAAUGAUUUUUAUAUUAAAAGCUCAGGAUUUGUGAUAGAGUGAAGAUCAUUUUUGGUGUAACAGACCAGCGCCAUUUUUGUAUCAAUUGUGUGAAAUAAAAAAAUGGCAUUUAAGAAAACCAGCCAUCAGCUCCGCCACUCUCUUUCUCGACUGUCACACCUCUAUCCAGCAGCUUCAGUGUCUUGUGUCUGCCCACAUUGCCACUCCUCCCCUGUAUAACACUGUUUAAAUAAAGGAUUGUUAUACUGUC